UAGAGCUAUCUAUCUCCCAUUCACAUCGCAGUCUCUGUCAGUAUCAGAUAAAGCGCUACCAUGGCACAAAGUGGGACAUCUCUUUUUCUAAAAGGGACCCUCUCCAUUAACGUUUACUUCGGCUUAGUGUUGGCUUCCGUGUGGAUGUCACUGCUGGGACCCGUGAAGAGUGACAGCGGUUUUGUAAAACGAACUGGCCGAGAUUGGUUUCUUGACAGCCGCGGCGGUGUGCUUGGAAGAAGCGCUGCUGUCGAUGGAGCUCAUGCUCGUACGAGAGCCGCACGCUUCAGGAGAGCACUAUCCCAAGAUAAAGUAGACCUGCUUAGCAGCUCGUUCGUGUUGAAAGGAGACGCGACACAUAAUCAGGCAAUGGUGCACUGGACCGGGGAGAACAGCAGUGUUAUAUUGAUCCUGACCAAGUACUACCAUGCAGACACUGCCAAGGUUCUGGAAAGUUCCAUUUGGAGGUCCACUGAUUAUGGAACAACCUACACCAAGCUGAAUCUGCUGCCUGGCACAACUAUAGUCGUCACCAACUUCUACAUCUGUCCCACAAACAAGAAGAAGAUCAUUCUUGUGAGUACUUCCAUUAAUGAUCGGGACCCAAUGCUUUUUAUUAGCACAGACGAGGGAACCAACUUUCAGAGACAGCCUCUCACAUUCUCCGUAGAGACUCUGGUCUUCCAUCCGAAUGAAGAAGACAAACUACUAGCCUACAGCAAGGAGAAAAGGCUCUAUGUAUCAACAGACUUAGGCAGGAAGUGGACUCUGCUACAAGAACGAGUGACAAAGGGUCGCUUUUUCUGGUCUGUAGCCAGAGUUGAUGCUGAUCCUGAUCUUAUACACAUGGAAAUGCAGGAUACCAGUGGAGGUUUCCUCUACAUGACCUGUCUGAUUCAGAAUUGCUCUGACAAAAUGGUGACUGCUCAAUUCCUUGGCAAGAUUGACCAUAACUCACUCUCUGUACAGGAUGAUUACAUUUUUGUGAAGGUGUCAACUGGAAAUCGAACCAAGCACUACGUUUCUUACCGUCGGAAUGAAUUUGUUCAGAUGAAGUUUCCAAAGUAUGCCUUACUAAAGGAUGUGCAGAUAGUCAGCACAGAUGAGAACCAAGUGUUCCUCGCUCUCCAGGAGUGGUACCAGACUGACACCUACAACCUCUACCAAUCGGACCCACAGGGUGUAUACUAUUCCAUUGUGUUAGAGAACAUCAGGAGCACAAAGCAGCCAGAAGAAAAUGUCCUCCUUGACAUCUUAGAGGUACGUGGAAUUAAAGGAGUCUUUCUGGCCAAUCAAAAAGUGAAUGGGAAGGUGACCACACUCAUCACCUACAACAAGGGCCGUGACUGGGACUACCUUAAUCCUCCGUCCACGGACAUGAACGGGAAACCAGUAAACUGCAAACCGCCGGAUUGCCAUCUUCACUUGCAUCUCCGUUGGGCAGACAAUCCAUACGUGUCAGGGACUGUGCACACCAAGGACUCUGCACCGGGACUGAUCAUGGGGGCUGGCAAUUUGGGCUCUCAAUUGGUCGAGUACAAAGAAGAAAUGUAUAUUACUUCCGACUGUGGGAAAUCCUGGAGACAGGUAUUUGAAGAAGAACACCACAUUCUGUACCUAGAUCACGGGGGCGUUAUCGUUGCCAUUAAGGACACUUCCAUCCCCCUCAAAAUACUCAAAUUCAGCAUAGAUGAAGGCUGGACUUGGACGACACACAAUUUCACCAGCACCUCAGUUUUUGUGGACGGGCUUCUGAAUGAACCUGGAGAUGAGACUCUUGUUAUGACGGUUUUUGGCCAUAUAAGUUUCCGGUCAGACUGGGAGUUAGUAAAGGUGAACUUUCAACAGUCUUUUCCCAGACAGUGCACAGAGGCAGACUACGAUGCAUGGAAACUAACCAACCUUAAGGGGGAGGUGUGCAUUAUGGGUCAGGAGAGGAGUUUCCGGAAGAGAAAAGAUUCAGCAUUUUGUAUCAAAGGGAAGAGUUUCACUUCAGCCUUGACCUCCAGGCCCUGCCAGUGUACAGAGAAGGAUUUUAACUGUGACUAUGGCUUUGAACGGGCAGCCAGUCUGAAGUCUGAAGGUGAUCGAUGCUUCGCUGACUUCUGGCAUGACCCUGACUCCCCUCCUGAUGACUGUAUCAUAGGGCAUUCCUAUGCCUCCAGCACUGGCUACAGGAAAGUGGUAUCUAAUAUCUGUGAGGGAGGAGUAAACAAACAGCAGAGUUCCAAACAGCACACGUGUCCUCUGCUGGCCCCCAGAGGUCUGCAGCUUGAAACCAAAGGAGAGACCCUGGCUGUGGGCCCUGGAGAUGACAUCACCUUCAUUGUGAGGCAGGAGCAGGGAGACACUGUAAACACCAAGUACCAGGUGGAUCUAGGUGAUGGGUUUCGAGCCAUCUAUGUGAACCUGACAGUGACUGAUGAACCUAUUCAGCACCGCUAUGAGAAGCCUGGUAUCUACCGGGUCACUGUGAAGGCAGAGAACACAGCAGGACAUGAUGAGGCUAUGGUCUACAUUCAGGUCAACUCUCCCCUUCAGGAAGUGCAUUUAGAAGUGGUGCCGAUCGCUGAAAGGAACCAGGAUGUUAAUUUGACAGCAGUGAUGCUCCCUGCAGCUACCAAUCUGACAGUCUUCUACUGGUGGAUCGGAGACAAUCUCCAGCCCAUUCUCUCCUUAGAGAACAGCCUGAUUACCAAAUUCCCAAAGACCGGUGAAGUGAUGGUGACAGUUCAGGCAGCCUGUGGAAGGUCCAUGGUCCAGGAUACCAAAACAAUGAGGGUGUUUGAUCAGUUCCAAGUUCUUCCUCUCACAUUCAGCAAAAGCCUCGAUCCCUUCAAUCCAAACACCCCCGAAUGGAGAGAGGACAUCGGGCAGGUUGUCACUAGAAUCCUAGCAAAGAUAACUGACAUUCCACAGGCAUCCCUGGUGACUGUGGUGAAGCCUGACAUUCCAACCACAGCAGACUUGUAUGUGCUUCCACCAGAGAGUACACCAGAGAAGAAAAGAAGCACACCAGUCGAUAAGAGGAUACCUGCCAUAAAGCAGGCUCUUAACGGGAACAAUGUGAGCUUCAUAGUGAGAGGGGGCCUGGUUGUGCUGGUAAACCUGGCGGAUUCUGAUUCAGAGUCUCAGCGGAGCGGUGUAGGUGGUGGAUUCUGGGCUGUGGCAGUGAUCUUUGUAGUCUGCUUGGUUGCAGUAGGAUCGUUCAUUCUCUACAAAUUCAAAAGAAAACUCCCUGGUAGAAACGUCUACGCACAAAUGCACAAUGUAAAAGAACAGGAAAUGACCAGUCCUGUCAAUCACAGCGAGGACACCCAGAACAUCAUCCAAGGGGAGGAGUUUAUUGAUGACGAUCUCGAUUCCCAAACAUUAGGUAACGCUGGAGGUAAUCACUCGGGGGUAGUUCUGAGCAUAAACUCCAGAGAACUGCACAGCUACUUGACCAGCUGAUGUUUACAGCAUCAAUAAACUGCAGAGGCGUGUCUGUAUAUUUUAUGGUUCAGUACUGGGACACUAGCAGGAGGGAAAGCAGGAGAUUCUCAGUUGAUACUACAGCAACCAGUCAUUUUCAAGGAAAAAAAGGUGUUUCUGUAACAUAUUCUGAGGAGGGGGAGAACAGGCUGACUCCUACUGGAUUUCAUUACGUGGGUCUCAUUGUUUCUCAAAGGACUCUACCUGUAACCAUUCAAGAACAAAAGAAUAACCACUAUACUGUGUUUUGAAAAAGGACAUGGUGCUAACAUUUCAUACCAUGUCUACUUUCAAGUUCACUGUAGCUUUCAUUAGAGUUUGUGUAUCAUUAAAUGCACACUAUUUGACUAUUUGGCAGCACAGUGGUCAAACAGCUGCCUAUUUUUAAUUGUGUUCUUGUGCAGGUAGCAGUAUUUUGAGUUAUGGUCUUACAAUAUCUAUUGGGUCAGUAUGUGUAGACCCAUGUUCAUUUAAGAAGGCUCUGCUCGCAUCCUGUGCUGUGACUCUAUGCACUAAAUCAGCAUGCAUUUAGUGUGUCGAAUCCCUGCACCUCAGCCCGACACAGCAAGAUGUUUUGUGGAUCUAACAUAUUGUCUUACUAGGUAUUAUCAAAGGUCAAAAGGGAUUCUUAAAACAUUGGGCUGAAUGUAUGAGGUUUGAAAUUCUAACAGAAUUUACAAUUAUCUUUAAUAGUCUUGAUAAGAUAUGCGUGACUAAUACUAUAUUAUAUGGGUUCUGCUGCUAACCCUACAAGAUAUGUAAUCGGCUUAUGUGUCUGUGCCUCAGACAUUCUUCUCCUGUUUUUUUAAGCUUAACAAUGAGUAUUAUACAACAUGUAACGAGUUGCUUUUACCAUCCUGUAUAAAUAGUCAUUGUUAAGGUUGGACCACAGGCAAAAUGGUACUGAGUGGCACCUUUGAAGAAUAAUACUCAAUGAUGCAUCAUACUAAGCCUAAUCUCCCUCCUCUGGUCGCCUUUGAACAAUGAGAAGACUCACCAUACAGAAUCACAGAAACUCUCUGCCUUAUGUUUUUUUCACACUCUUAAGAAGAUAAAAAGUCAACUCUUCUUUAUUACAUCUAACAAUAGAAUGAGGAACUCCCGUCAGGAAUAUGGUACUCAGCAUUCUGUACACACGUUGGGGCUGAGGAGACUGUUACUGCCUUUUAAACUCAUACAAUUAAAACUUAACACUGCUGCGAGACAUAUCCCUUUGUCAUUUUUGAAGGCCCGAUGCAUGCCACCAAAGCAUAUGUCACAAAGAGCUUUUACAGAACGUGAGAACACGCACUCGUGAUCUCCGCGGUUUCAUGUAUGUAUUUUCUUAAAUAAGUAAUAGUUUGCUUCACUUUUGUUUUGUUUUCUAGGCAUUGGUUACAAGCUCUCUUUCAUGAAAAACACACCCUGUAAAUAACACAGCAGUGAACAUCUACCAUUACACCUGCACAGGCUUACGUCUUAUUUAUAGAAAAACCCUAGUGAUGUUAAAUCAGUGGGUGUUGAUUGAUCAGCCUCUUGAGUGCAAAAAGCACUGAUUGCUUCACAUUUAUAGCCAUGUUAUUGUUUAUUGAGGCUUGUUAAAAAGGCACUACAUUUUUUUUUUAAUGAAUUCAGGCCAAAUUAAUAAGCAUAUGCCUAAAAUGAAAAACAAAGAAUCAUCUUAUUCAUCACGUAGUGGUACUGGUUAUUCAGUUGUGUUAAUUUGACUGCCAGGUUGCUGUUUUACUCAUUCAGAUUGAUUUUGUCAUUGCUGUACCUAUCAAAGUAGGAUUGAUAAUUAAAUUGUACGUUUUCUUAAAUUGUUGUUAAUGAUGUAUGGUCAUAUAAUGCUGUAUUUUAAAGAGCGAGUGGCAUGGUUCUGAAAAAUGUUACACGUGCCAUGUGUUGUUAGAACUGUUUAAAUAACAUACCUGUAACUUUUAUUUUCAUUGUUAACACCCUUCCAACAUUUUACACUUAUAACCAUAGUCUGUUUCAAAGCUCUUUCAAAAUGUACGCUCUAGUGCACUGGUAGUUUAAGGCUUAUUGCCCACAGUGUCAAACAAGUAAGACAGCAAUAAUAAUCCAUGGUGUGGUAUGGAACAGAAAAGCCAGAGCACUUUUAAAUCACUCUUCCUGUAGUGAUUUAGACAGAGGACAGAUCUCA